UUCUCUUGUAUCAGAAGGUGGAGCUUCAGACCUUUUAUAAUCUUGAGUCACACAUUUUGUCCUUUCUGUGUUGCGAAGAAUUUGCACUUGUUCGAGACUUCCAGCAGCAAGUGCUUAGAAACAUGGCUGGGAAACCUAAGCUUUACUACUUCAAUGGAAGGGGGCGAAUGGAAACCACAAGGUGGCUACUGGCUGCAGCUGGGGUUGAGUUUGAAGAACAAUUUAUUGAGUCAAAGGGGUGUCUAGAAAAGUUAAGACAGGAUGGAUACCUGCUGUUUCAGCAAGUGCCCAUGGUGGAAAUUGAUGGAAUGAAGAUUGUGCAGACUCGAGCUAUUCUCAACUACAUUGCAGCAAAAUACAAUCUCUAUGGGAAGGACCUGAAGGAGAGAGCAUUCAUUGAUAUGUAUUGUGAAGGAGCUAUGGAUCUGAAUGAAAUGAUAAUGAUGCUUCCCUUCAAACCAGCUGACACGAAGGAGAAGGAGCAUGCAACAAUUUUUGAAAGAGCUACCACCAGAUACUUCCCAGUCUUCGAAAAGGUCCUUAAAGAUCAUGGCCAGGGUUUUCUUGUUGGAAAUAAGCUCAGCAGAGCAGAUGUUCAGUUGCUUGAAACUAUUUUGAUGGCAGAAGAGCUGAAGGCUGAUAUUAUCUCCAAAUUCCCUCUUUUAAAGUCUUUUAAAGAGAAAAUAAGCAACAUCCCUACAAUUAAGAAAUUUCUGCAGCCUGGUAGUCCGAGAAAACCACCAAUGGAUGAAAAGGCUUGUGAAAAAGCAAUGAAAAUUUUCCACUGAAUUAUGGCUGAGGAUCAUGGCUAAUACGCUGUUGUAGCUAUAGGCAAAGUGCUAGAAUUGAAAUGGGGCAGUGAUUUCACAUCACUGGGGGUGGCUACAAAUAGCUACAGUAGGAACCUCAAUGGAUAAUAUGACAAGAUUAAUGAAGAAAAAAAUAUGGUAAUACUGUGUGCCACUAUACAAAAACGAAAUAAACCAUUCUACAGCGUUUGUAUUUUA